AUGGGGAAGUUUUUUAGAAAUGAGGGUGUGUUUGUUAUUGUGAUUCUUUUCUUUGGUUUGUUCGUGGCGCGGAUUUCCGAUGCCAGGAAGCUUGAGAAAGAGACGCUUGGCGGAGGUGGUGUUGGCGGUGGUGGGGGGUUCGGAGGUGGCGGCGGCGGCGGAUUUGGUGGCGGGCAUGGUGGAGGAGGAUUUGGUGGCGGCAGUGGCGGAGGUUUUGGUGGUGGUGUCGGAGGAGGGUUUGGAGGUGGUAAGGGAGGUGGCUUCGGUGGAGGAUUCGGAGGCGGGAAAGGUGGUGGUGGUGGGAUAGGAUUUGGCGGCGGUGGAGGAUUUGGUGGUGGAAAGGGCGGUGGUAUUGGAGGAGGCUUUGGAAAAGGUGGCGGCGGCGGCUUCGGUGGAGGCGGAGGUGGUGGACAUUAG